CGGCCGCGGAUGUCGCAGCCGCUGUGCGCCCUUGUCGUUUGAAACGCGGCCCAAGAUGGCGGCGGCGGCCGGGAGCGGGGCCGAGGCGGCGGCGGCCAGGCUGGAGGGGGCACGGCGAGAGGAGGAGGCGGCGGCGGCCGCGGCGGCGGAGGAUGAAGAGGACGGGAAAGGAGACGGCGGCAGGGCGGGCAAAGCGACGGGUGCUGCGGCAGGAGCCGGCGGGGAGGCUGGCGGCGGCGAGAGCGAAGAGGACGAGGAGGAGGAGGGGGAGGACGUGUUCGAGGUGGAAAAGAUCCUUGACAUGAAGAACGAGGGGGGUAAAACUCUCUAUAAAGUCCGGUGGAAAGGAUACACCUCUGAUGAUGAUACCUGGGAACCAGAGGCUCACUUGGAAGACUGCAAAGAAGUGCUUCUUGAAUUCAGAAAAAAGAUUGUGGAUAAUAAGCCUAAACCUGUUAAAAAAGACAUACAGAAACCACCUCUAAAUGAUGAUAUAUUUGAAGCAGAGUCUGACAGCGACUGGCAGAGUGAAACAAAAGAUGAUGUUUCACCAAAGAAGAAAAAGAAGAAGUCAAAAGAGGGAGAGGAUAAAAGUCCAGAUGACCUGAAGAAGAAAAAAUCUAAGUCUGCAAAACCCAAGGAAAAACCCAGAACAGAAUGUGAAAAUUCCUCAGAUACUUUGGUUUUAGAUUCAAAGCCAAAAAAAAGGACUUUAGAAACUAAGGAGGAUUCAAAGGACCCAAAGAAGCAAAGGAAAGAAGAUACUAAAGAAAUCAAGAAAAAGAAAGGAGAAGAUUUAAAAAUAAAAUCUAAAGAAGAUUCUAAAGAAAAUAAAAAAUCACACAAGGAGAAGCAUGGAGAUGUUCAGUUGGACUCAGAAUCGAGCACUGUGGAUGAUUCAAUUUCUCAGGGAACUGAUAAUGAAAGUUCAAACAUAAAUUCUGAAAAUAAAGAUGAAAAGCAGAAGGUAAUAAGUGGAGAAGAGAGAUUGGAACAAGAAAUUGAUGAAAAAGAUGCUAUUACUGAUAAAUAUCUUGAUGGAUCAGCAAGUAAUGAAGAUGACGGUAUUGAUACUAGGGCUAAAAGAAAGAAGAAAAAAAUUCCUAAAGCAGAAGACUGUAGAGAAGAAGGUGGAAAAGUAGAAAUUCAGGAUACUCAUUUAGAGAAGAGCAUGCACAAAAAGCAAACAGGUCAAGAAAAAGUACCAGGAGAGUUGGAGAAAGUGUCACCUGCUCCUUCACCAGUGCAGAAGGGUUUGAAAUUGAGUGCUGAUGAAAGGGUGUGCAAACCCAUGGAUUCCCCUGGGGAGGAAAGAGAAGUAAAGAAAACUGAAAUUAAAGAAAAAUCUCAAAAAAAGGAGCCUGAAAAAGAAGAAAAAAACAGAAAAGAACAGAAGGUCCUAAAAAAUGGCAAGCAGCAAGUCCUGAGUUUGGGUAUGGACAUGCAGUUAGAAUGGCUGACACUAGAAGAAUUCCAGAAGCAUCUUGAUGGAGAAGAUGAGAAUAAUGUAUCAACAGAACCAAUAUCAAGUGCUCUCCUGAGAGAUGCUGUUAAAAGUGGAGACUACAUGACAGUGAAAAUGGCCCUUUCUUCAAAUGAGGAAUAUAAUUUGGAUCAAGAGGACCCAAGUGGAAUGACCCUGGUAAUGCUUGCUGCUGCCGGAGGGCAUGAUGACCUUCUGCGGGUGCUAAUCAGGAAAGGAGCUAAAGUUAAUGGUAGACAGAAAAAUGGAACAACUGCAUUGAUACAUGCAGCUGAAAAGAAUUUUCUAACAACAGUAGCUAUUCUUCUGGAAGCUGGAGCAUACGUGAACAUGCAGCAGAGCAGUGGUGAGACUGCCUUAAUGAAGGCUUGUAAAAGAGGGAAUUCUGAUAUAGUGCGGCUCAUGAUUGAAAGUGGAGCUGACUGCAACAUUUUGUCCAAGCAUCAGAACAGUGCCAUGCAUUUUGCUAAACAGUGCAAUAACGUACUGGUGUAUGAGCAGCUCAAGAGCCACUUGGAAACGCUCUCAAAAGUAGCAGAAGAUACCAUCAGGAAUUAUUUUGAAACUCGCCUUGCUUUGCUGGAGCCAGUGUUCCCAAUUGCGUGUCAUCGCCUCUGCGAAGGGCCAGACUUUUCUUUGGAUUUUAACUAUAAACCUCCACAAAAUGUGCCAGAAGGAUCUGGAAUUCUUCUCUUUGUUUUCCAUGCAAAUUUCUUUGGUAAAGAAGUUGUUGCUCGGCUCUGUGGACCAUGCAGUGUACAAGCUGUGGUUUUAAACGACAAAUUCCAACUUCCCAUAUUUUUGGACAGUCACUUUAUUUAUUCCUUCAGCCCUACUGCAGGCCUUAACAAGCUUUUCAUACGGUUGGCAGAAGUUCCUACUGCCAAGGUAAAGCUGCUCAUAGGAGCUUACAGAGUGCAGCUGCAGUGACCUCUGAGCAUGCCAAGUGGACUGACACUUUUUUGGAUAUACUUCUGAUUCCUCUGUUCAGAGACUGACAAAGCAGUUUGGAACUUUUUGGCAUCACAUUCUGAAGACUCAGUUCCCAGCUCGCCGCUUGUUGGCAGUCACAGGAAGUGUGUAUUGGAGAGCAGUUGAAUACGCUGCAUUGGUGGGACGGGGUUGUCAGCUUUUUUUACUUUGUACAGAUGUAGAUGUAAGUAUUUGUGCCAAUACAUAUAACUCUGUUUUUCUUUAA